AUGCAUCCAGCUCUCUCAACUCCCGAACUUCUCGAACAAAUCUUCCUCCUCAUCGACACCGCCAGCCUCCUAACAUCUACCCAACGUGUCUGCCACCUCUGGCACACGAUGAUCACCCAAACGCCAUCGAUCCAACGCCUCCUCUUCUUCCGCCCUGAAAUCUCAGCAAGAGCACAACCCGAACGAACCAUCCAUGCGGCAAAGCUAAACCCAUUCCUCACCGUGAUAUUCCCAUCGUGGUUCCCGAGUGCAUCAACACUAACCGAUGAGCGCGGAUACCGCACUAGCAACCUUGAGCCCGAGUUACUACGCAGGCUUGAAAGGGACUGGAACGGGGACGUACAUCAACCUAUUGAGCGCCAAGAUGCAUCAUGGAGACGGAUGCUCCUCACACAGCCACCUGUUCUAGGUGUCGGGCUUGUGGUUGAUACGGUUAUGUGGGCACCGUUUCCGGAGAUCAAGGGGUGGAGGGUUGCGCAAGAUGGGAGGAAGUGGGAGUGGAUGUUUGAGAAGACUGGGUAUGAAUCUGGUAACGCUUUUGAGAUUGAAAGACGGGAGGAAGGAAUGAAGGAAGAGUUAGAGCCGAUCUCUAUGGGCGUCUUCUACGACCUGAUCAUGAGCCAUACGGGAGGGGCGCAUACGUGGAUUGUCGUCUGGGGUAAUGGCUUGCCGCGCACGUAUGUUACGCGCGAAUUGUGGCGGUCUCGACACUGGGUGAAGGGGCUGGUGACAGCGUGUGGUGUGGUUGUUGUCGAGUUGGCUGCCAAUGGACGUGCGCUGGAGGCGUCUUUAUAG